AUGCAUAUCAAAACCCCGCAAUCCGCCCUCCUAACCAACCAUGAGGUCCUCCUGCACCUCCUCGCCGAAGAAGCAGAAUAUACGGGUACCGAUGAUACAAACCGCAAGCGCAAGAAGCCCUCUGGCCUAAACCACAUGCUCCGUGAUGGCCUCGCCUACCUGCAAACACCCGACUACACCACCACCGCCCUCGCAGAUGCGCAUCCCAACAGGCCCAUGACCCUGUACAAGGGACCCAACAGCCUGUUCCGUGCCCUGGCUCCCAAGUACCGAUUGAAUAAGGCGGAGUACCUCCAGAUUUAUAAUCUGAGACCGACUACGCAGGUUAUGCUUGAGUUGGUUGUUGAAGAGGCGGGUACCCGAUUCACAGAAGAUGAACUACACGAUAUGCUGGCCAUCAUCCAGCAAGUGUUUGACGAGGAGGAAGCGCAGAUUCCAGAGGGAGUCGAGGAUGUGGACAUGCCCAAGAUAGCGAAUAAAUUGCUUGGUGCUGCGAAUAAGAAGAAGAGGAAGGUUAAGAGGAAGGUGUAA